AUGGUGUCUUCACCCUAUAAAACAAUAGAUGAAGACAAGGUCCAGAAAGUUGGUAUUCGAGAAAUUAAGAACAUCCAACAUCAACUCAACUACUCAAACAAGAUCCUUUCCGAAGUAUCUAAAGCUGUAGAAAGAAUCGAGAAUCUGGUUCUUCCUACCGUCUCCAAAAUCCCACCAGUAGACCCCCGUCAACCAAUCUUUCAACCAAAUAGUUUUAAGAUUGGACCUCUCAAAGAAGACCCCUCAGAUCUUUUUGCUAAAAUCAACAGAAGACUUUCUUCUUUGUCCCUCAAUAAAAGAGAUUCUUCUCAAAAGAAUGAAGUGGCCAAGAGUAUAAAUGUAGUAGCUACUAUACCGACUAUAACCCAGGCUUCAUCCUCAACAAUACUUCUGGUCACCAUGCACACAGAAGUGAAGAAUCAUUAUCCUAGACCAUCUCCUCCGGAUAUGGGAUGGGACGACCUCCGCCAUGAUCAACGAACUUAUGACGAAUCUUCUAUAAUCACUUGGAAUAUCGAUGGAUAUUCUGAAGCUCAAAUGAUGAAUACUUUUCAAGAAAUGAUGAUGGCAGCCACUGCUUUCAGCACCAAGAAGCCGGUUUUACAGACAGCCCAAAUCCUUAUCUCGAGUCUCUCUGGAAACCUAAGGAGCUGGUGGCAUAACCAACUAACCGAUGAAGAUAGAACAAAAAUCCUGAUAGCAACUAAAGCAGUUGUCAAGCAGGAAGGUUCUAAUGCAAUGCAGAUUGAUGAGCCAGACAUGGUAAAUCAGUUAAUCUAUGCAAUGACCAAGAAUUUUAUUGGUAGCACUCAAGUCUACUCAGAUCUCAAUGCCGAAGCUCUUUUAAGCCUUCGAUGUCGGAAGAUGAGUAACUACAAAUGGUACAAAGACACCUUCUUGGCGCGUCUUUAUACUAUUACAACAUGCGGAGCAGAUAUCUGGAAGCAAAAGUUCGUUGAAGGACUUCCACAUUAUAUUGCUCAAAAAUUCUACCAAACUGUGGUAACAAACUCUACAACUAAUCGUAUCGAUUGGGCGGAGUUAACAAUCGGGGACAUUAAUGCCACGAUUCAACAAAUAUGCGUUAAUCUCUGUCUAGAGAAUAAGCAUACAGCCAAGGUUAUCAAAGAGCCCGACUACCGAAAGGAAUUGGGAACUUUUUGCAAACAAUACGGUCUUGACGACAGAUCUGAGGAAGAACGGAAGAAGAAAAAGAAGUCUUCCAACAAGCGACUCUUUAGCAAGAGUAAAUCAAAAGAUUCCGAAUUACCACGACGUAAAAGGAAAUAUUACAACAGGAACAAGGGAAAGAAGGAUUAUUCAAAGAAUCGUCCUCAUAAAUCCUCUGUUACUUGUUACAAGUGCAACCGCAAAGGACAUUACUCUAGCAAAUGCCCUUUAAAGGACAAAAUCAAUUCUCUGACCAUAGAUGAAAAAACACGGCGAUCUCUUCUCUAUGCCAUCAGAAGUGAAGAAGAAAACUCCUCGAGUUCCGAAUCUUCCACUGACAAUGAUGAGAUCAACCUCAUAAACGAAGAAGAUUCUGACGAAGAGACCUUUUUCUCUCAAAGUGAUUCCUCUGAAGAAGAUGGAAUUAUUCCAUGCACUGGCCAUUGUGCUGGAAAAUGCCACGGCCAUAUCAAUGUCAUCAAUAAAGAUCAAGAGGCUCUCUUUGAUCUAAUUGAUCAACUACCCGAUGAAGACUCCAAAAGAAUGUGUCUUGUUAAACUUCGGGAAAGUCUUGAAGCAGAAGCUCUUCAAAAGAAACCAGAAGUGGAUGUCCAAGAUUAUUUUCAAAAUCAGAGACUUCCAAUUGGAAACAUUCGCUCUUAUCGACUCUAG